AUGGAGCCGAUCAGUUCCUGCCACAAGUGUGAUGGAGACUCCGCAGGAAAUAUCCAGGUUCAGGCCCCUGCACUGCUACCUGACCACAAUCCCCAACGUCAACCACCUACCUUGGUUGAGCUUGAUUUCGACGCAGGGUUGUCUUUUGGCAACUUCGAACAAGGCUAUGAAACCCAGCAUUAUCCGUUUACCUCUGAUCUCGAAGUCCAGUAUUCCGGAGGGCAAACAGAAAUGCAAUUCUUUCCGAGUGAAACAGACACAUUCGGCCCCGGUUCCAGCCUUCAAAACCCAUUUGUUGGAAUAGCAAUGGUUGUCCCAGAGCCCCCAUUGCUACAAAACUCUGGAAUCAUAGUCCAGGAGCCAAUUUUUUUUGAUUAUGAUCUCAACCUGCUGCAGAAAAAGGGGCUUGAUUCACUAAUUGGUCCGCGUCCCAAGGUCCAAUGUGAAGAAUACAGCCCCAAAGCCCCAGGUUGUCCUUCUUUCAUUUCAUUGUCAGAUAUUGCAUCAAACACAAAGCAACCGCCAGCGACUCGCAAGACACCCAAGUCCGUGUCGCAAUGCAACUACCCAUAUGUCAAACUUCACCACGUGCAGUGCGAAGCCCAAGCGGAAGCCAAAAUGUCUCACCUCGAGCGUGUCAAGAUGAAGUUUAAGAUGUCCUCAGAUGGACCGCAAGGCGGCCGUUCUCUCAAAAUGCAUGUUGAAGUCAUCAUAAAACUUCUCAGAAUACGCUCAAAAGUCGCUGAGAUGAGAUCAAAGAAGAAAAAGAGAAGAUUGCCUCUUCAGCCAACAGCCACUUCAGAUGAUGGCUACGACGCUGGGUCUGAUACCGACUCCGCCAAUGAUGAUUCUCUUGCUUCAUCUCCUGGCGUUGGGAUUGCACCGCUGAUACAGUGGGAAGAGGUGGAAGAGCGGUCUUUCAGUUUUGAUGUCAGCGAGUUUAUUGACAACCUGUCUCAGUGGGGGAGUGGCAUGGAUUCGAACAUGCGUCUGGACAUGCUCUACUCAGACCCGCAACGGAUAUUGGACUUUAUCUCCAUCUACAUCAUGUUCAACUUCAUAUCAAAGUUGACGAUGAUCUAA